GCCUGGCAAAAAUGUUCAGCCAAUAAUUUUAUCUACCUCGCAACGUGUGCGUUCUAUACCAUUAGGACGCCUCACAUGGAGUUUGAAAGAGCUAGAUACCCACCUACGCUUUCACCCUAAUACCAGGAAAGGUGAAGCAUUUUCCGCAUAAGAACCGACAAGAAUAAACCCAUCCACAGCGAGCAAACAAGUGGGAGUAUCUACCAACAGCUUACUUCUCUCUCGGAUCAAGCUCACCCAACAUUCAAACGUUACAUUCAUGCAUCUUAAAACAUGUGUAAGACUAAACGAACUGAAAUGACUGAGUUUUCCAACUGACUCUUUGUGAAAGUUCAAGACUUGAAGUGCUUAAUUACAUAGGUCAAUCUACAACCAAGGACCAAUUUCAGCAGUCUAACAAGGUGCAAGUUGACCAAGAAAUGUGUGGGUCUAACCCAGAACGAAUGAAUGAAUGGAUCAAGGGUGAAAGCAUAUGCUGUUGUUGUGAAUAUCUAAUACGUAUCCAGUGAAGCACUUUCAUGCUUGCCUGGACUAGUUCUUUCUCUCCUUGCGCAUUUCAUAGAGAUGAAACCCAUGACGUUGUACCACCACCACCGUCGUAUCGAGGAAUAGGACAUGGGGACUUUCUCUCCCCGUUUGUGUUGGGGGAAAGUUCCACCUUAAGAAGAGAACCCCGGCAACGGUCUUGUACGCCCGAAUAGCGAGCGGCCACGCCGCCUAACCCCUUACUUUAGUUUGUGCUGAUUUUUGCACCUAAUUCUGCAAAUUUUACCCAAGCCAUGGUUUGCUCCAUGUCAUGGGAUCCCACUGGAGAUUCGGAUAAUGCUGUGGGAGUGAUAUAGUCCUAGAAUCCCGUGUUGCUGCACUCGUAUAUGGAGUGCACUUAUCCCUCUCAGUACGUGGGAGAGUGAUGGUGGAUCUUCUUCGCCUUUCUCCCCGCACAUCACGGUCCUCAUUCGCCAACGUAUCCAAGGGCUUCAUUCUGAACCAACGGACUGCCGCAAACAAGUGUCUCUCGUUUUGGGAGAGAUUUCGUGCAGCCUGUGGUCCAGCGGAGAAUUAUUACAUCCAGGCUGACCAGCCUGACACUUGCCACUUCUUUCUGGUCGCCUCAAUUUUAAUUUUAUAAAAUGUAGAAUAGACGAUAUUGACUGUAAUAAAGAGGGCGAUAACUUUUGUCAGGGUUUUAAUAUAUUCUCCUCGUGUGCAACUAGUCUUGUAGCUAAAAAAUAUUAAUAAAAUUUUGAAGAUAGAUUUAUAACCUUCAAGUAUCAUCAUCUCUGGUACAACAGCGAGGAGACAAGAAGACGCAUAUUAAAUUCCACAUAUGCCGUACCUCCAGUAGAAUUAGAUUUUAUAGAUCCACAUUCAAUAAAAUCAAAUAAAUAGUCGCCCUCUUAAAGUGGGAGAGUUCAGUAUCUGUUAAAAUAUUUUAAGUUAAACCAGAAAAGAAAAAGUCGUCCUCGGGGAAAUUUCUGCUAAAGUCCUCAAAGCAAUCAUGUAACGUGGUCUGCGUCAGAUUACUCGAUCUGGAUCUGAUUCCGUUCCCAUCUCGUUUGAGAUAUUGAUAAGGCGUGAAGAAAUGGGGGAUUCGGAGGAAAUUAGCCUCGUCCCAUCAUCACCCAUUCCCAACAAAGGCCAAUCAAGACCAUGCAGAAGCAGUCACAAAAUCACUUCAAGUGUUUUCGUGCUGGUAUUGGUGGUCAUGGUCAACAAUCACCUCGCAGCGUCCAUACCCGCACCAUCACAAACUGAAGAAAAGAAUUUCGGGGCAGCUGGAAAUAUAGGUUGCUUGUUUGGGAAAACAUUGUGUGAUCCUGGAUCUGAGAUAUGCUACGACGAUUACGCUUUUGGAAGAUGUCUGCCACAAAUUGGAGCCGUUACAGAAAAUGAUUUGUACAGAUAUGACCUCAGUAAAGGCGAUAUGCAUGUGCUGCAGAAGCAGAUGGAACGACUCUUUGCUUUGGGAUAUCGAUGGGGAUCGCCCUACACUCAAUGUCUCCUCCAAAAUUUGCUCGACACCAUUCGAUACGGAGUGGAGCUGGACGAAUCUGUAUGCUUGGUCGUACAAGAUCAGGAUUUGGAAGGAGCUUUGAGAGCAUUUAACAAAGAUGUUGAUCCAUGGAACUUGGCUUUCAUAAAAUUCAGCCCAAGCGCCAAGAAUCCUCACUCCGACUUUGCCGAUGAAACCUACCGACCUCCGAAAGAUCUCAGUUAUCCAAACAUGGGAGAUGCGGUCAACGGAAGGGAACUCCUGACCGAGCAUUCUCCAGGGAUGCAGAGACUUCACGAAAAAAUCCGACAGCCAGUCAUUCAACUGCCCGCAUCAGAAGACCAAAAUCCGCUGUUGGUGGAACAGGAGCUUGAAAAUACGGUGGCACAAAUUAAGGGAAAAAAUGGGAAAGGAAAAGGAAAAUCUGGGAAGAAUAAGAAAAAGCCCAAAGGAAAAUUGGAGGCUGCGAAAAGGUCGUCAAUGUUGAAUGUAGAAUAUCCUGGGCAGUCCGACAACUUUAACGGCGUAGAUAUCGGAUCUGCAAAGAAGAUCCCUGGAUCCAGAAUUGCGGAGGAGGAGUGGGAAGGACCAGAGUCGAAGGGAUCCGUAAUUAACAAUAAAUUGAAGAUUGACGGAGAAGUUGGAGUUGAUUCAGAUGGAUUCGUCAACGACAAAAUAUUGCGUCCCAAGAUUUUUUCCGCCUACUACAAUACUCCAGAUUCGUUCAGAUUGGGAGUCGAGGAGUCCUGGAAUGAUCAUCCUGUCAGCGGUGCUGGGAGAGCAGGGAUGGAUGACGAGGCGGUUGGUGUCGGUUACGGACCUGGAUACGGCAACGAUGACGACGGCGACGGAGAUUACCGGGCGAGACGGGAGGAGCUGAGCGAGCGGCAGGCGGAGGAAGAUCAACAGAUCGGAAAAGCAGUUGCCACGCUCCAAGCACAACUGCUCCUUAGUCUCUUAAAGGACAAUACCAGUCCGGAAAAUGAGUUCAGAGCCGAUGAACCAGAGCAAAGUUUCGUGGGCGACCCCGCCACGAACAACGACCGCGUUGGUGUCGAGUCCAUGGGGUUGGAUAACAACUACCAACACAACAACGACGCCGUCUCCCCAUUCGCCGCCGACUUGGAUGACCGAGAUUUACUUUACACUGAGGGUGGCCUGGUGUUCCUCAAUCAACCCCAUCGCAAAUUCUUGGAUCAAGACGCCCCCGUACCGCAGAAUGAGGGGCUCACUUUCCUCAAGAGGUUCACCCCUGUAGAAAUUGAUCCUGAGUGGGGUGCCCUACCGUCCGAACAAACCGAGGAUGGGUUGAUUACACCAUUGAGAAAUGAUAUUGAAUAUGGAAACGAGUAUGUCGACGGCUACGACUUUGGCUCUCCAUUCUUUCUCCUUAAUCGAAGAAAUAGAGAUGGUUUCGGGUUUGAGAGGAGGGAGCGGCUGGAUGUCAAGAAGCCAGGCCCGUGGUAUCGAACGGUCAAUAAUUACGCAUUUGACAAGGAUGAUUCCGAGCAAACGAUGCUCAAUCCAGAGAUGCAACAAAUUACUCUAAAUCCAGAGUUUGGAAGUGCGGCUGAAGGCCCAGCAGAUAUGGCAGAACCCACGAAAGAUGACGAAAUCCCAAGGAAAGUUCCGCUUGAAAGCGUCCUAGAGUGGCAAAAUGAACAACAGGUCAACAAAAAGUCUGCACCAGUCAAAUUUGAUUCAGUUUUCCCUGCAUCUCUUUCUCUGGGCGAUGGUCAUUUCGACAUAAUCGACACUUCAUAUGCAAAUGUGUUUUUGGACAAAAGUGUGAAUUGGAACACGGCAAAGAAUUUGGUAGAUUCUUUGGCUUACGCGUUGGACAUGGAUCGAACCAGCUUUAAGGAUAUCACAACCAACAAUGACAUCGUAACUUUCAAAGUGGAACCGAAUGAUAAGGGAUGGAACGCUACUGAAGUUGCUCGUCGAAUACAAAAUCUGGCUGGAAGCAUUGAGGCAGAAUUGGGACUCAGGAUCUUGAAAACAGACGUCGGAAUCAGAGCAAAUUCGAAGACUCCGGCCGUUCUUGCCCUAUACGACGAACAAGAUCCAACUUCCAAUCAAAUUUAUGUCGCUACUUUCGCCGUUUGUGGACUUGUUGCUGCCGUUUUAGUAGCAGCGGUGGCAAUUUUUCUCGUUCGGAAACAUUCCAAGUCGCGAGAGAAACUUGUUCGUUUGUCUCAAGAUGACCCGUCUUUUGAAGCAUGCAAAGACUACCAGGAUUUGUGUCGGGCUCGAAUGGCUGGAUCAAAAACGAAUGAGAAGAUGGAACCAAUUCGAGGGCCAGCACACAAGAUUGCGAGCAAAGAUUCAGAAAAUGGAACAAAUUCUUCCAGGUCCAGCACUUCUUCUUGGAGCGAAGAGCCAGUUAUGACAAAUAUGGACAUCUCGACUGGACACAUGGUUUUGGAAUACAUGGAAGACCAUCUGAAGAAUAAGGACCGUCUUGACAAAGAGUGGGCAGCGCUUUGUGCAUACGAGGCUGACCCAUGCACCACGGCCGUGGCAGAAAAAGCUGAGAAUAGCAAGAAGAACCGAUAUAGCAACUCCCUUCCCUUUGAUCACUCUCGAGUAGUUCUCUCAGCAAAUGACUUGGCAAAUGUUUGCGGAUCAGACUACAUCAAUGCUUCAACUAUUACUGAUCAUGAUCCAAGAAAUCCAGCCUAUAUUGCUACCCAAGGUCCCUUGCCCAACACUGCAGCAGAUUUUUGGCAAAUGGUUUGGGAGCAGGGGAGCGUAGUAAUUGUUAAUCUGACCCGGUUGACAGAAAAUACCACAGCUUUGUGUCACCGAUACUGGCCCGAGGAAGGAUCAGAGCUGCACCACAUUUACGAGUGUUUCUUAGUAAGCGAACAUAUUUGGUGCGAUGAAUACUUGGUUCGAAGCUUUUACCUCAAGAAUUUAAAAACUGGAGAAACACGUACAGUGACGCAAUUCCACUUCUUGGCUUGGCCUGAAAAUGGAAUACCACAGAGCACCAAAGCUUUACUGGAGUUUCGUAGGAAGGUGAACAAAUCUUACCGAGGUCGGUCAUGCCCCAUUAUCGUUCACUGCAGUGAUGGUGCUGGACGCAGUGGAACGUAUUGUCUCAUUGACAUGGUUUUGAACAGAAUGACAAAAGGUGCAAAAGAGAUCGACAUAGCAGCAUCCCUUGAACACAUUCGAGAUCAGCGACCAGGAAUGGUUCGAACUAGGCAACAAUUUGAAUUUGUCCUCAUGGCUGUGGCUGAGGAAGUUCAUGCAAUUCUGAAGCAAUGCUUGUCUAAGUAAAGCAGGCGCGAGAGGAAUUCUUCACUCCAUUGACGCUGACCGAUUAUAGUUUUUCGUUUUCAAACCUCAUGAAACUACUAGUCAAAUCUGCGGCAGACGAAACUUUACCACAAAUUGUUUGCCAUGAAAUGUAACGUUUAUAUGCACGUUUUACUUCAAAUUUACACAAAACUAUUGCAUACGUGGAGGAAAAUUGUUUACUGUUAUACCCACAAUUACUUAUGUGUUUAUGUAAACAGACGUUUGCAUAACAAACUUGAUAGAUUACGUACAGAUUGUAGUUUGACAUAAUAGCGUAGUAUUCUAUUGUUUUGAUAAGUUUUACACCCUAACUUUGUGAUUAUUAAUAAUACAAAAACUGAUACGUACAUCAUUUUAUUGUGUACCAGCCUCACGAUAAAACGAUGAACUAAAAAUUCUCUCCAAAAUAUAACUCGAAACCCAUAUAUAAUGAUAAAUAUGUAUGUAUAAACCUUUACGUAGGUAUGCAUUUGACAUUGAUUAGCUAAAUCAGAAUUCCUCUGCUGCAGCAGUAUAUGUUCGUAUAGAAUACGACAUGGAUAUAUUUUCUUCAAAAAUUAAUAACUACUCUAAGAUGGCCCAAUUUUCUGUAUGCAAGUGUUGUCGUCGGGUAGUGCACACAUAAGAAGUCACAGGGUAGAAUUUUUUUCGGAAUUUCCGUCACCGAGUAUUUUAGCGUCAAGCUCCCCGGUAAGCAUACAUAUUUAUGUAGCACACGCACACACAUUUCCACGUCACACCCACUCCGCACCGUAUUGCAUUGCACUUUUACCUAAUUGUAGACAAUUAGUUUUGGUGUAUUGAUGUUACUUGUUGUGAUUAAUUAGAACUUCAUGUGAUGAUGUUAGUUAUGUGGAAAGUUGCAUUCACGUAUAUGUAUCAUCUGUCUGUAGCCAUGUAGUGUCAACUUUUACGAAGCUAAGUAAAUAUUCGUAUGUCUGUUGUUUGUGACAGAUAUUUGAUGUAUCAUGAAAUCAAUCAAUGUACCUGUUGUAAGUGUCAAUGUAUCCCAAGUCAAAAAAAAUCCAGUCUUGUUCUUGUCCAAGCAAAUCAUAUAUCUAAUUAUUCAUCACCACUCCAUGUAAUUUGUCAGCAAUGGCAAAUGUCAAACUGAGCUGGUUGAUGUACAUAGAAAAUCAGAAAAUGUAACAACAUUCGUUAGUUUUAGAUUAUGAGUUGGAGUAUGUAUUUAAAAAAAACGUUGUUCAAAAAAAUUGUCUUGUCCAGCAUCAGGUUUGUGUCUGUAAAAAAUUGGUUAUUUCCGUUGUUGAAUACUAGUCUAUCUUCGACCAGGAGAACUCGAAGACUGAUCAUAAUAACAUGGGGAAAUAUUGAUUGAAUUGAUUGAUAAAUCUUUCAACAUAUAUGCAUCACCUCUGAAAAAAUCCACACACUACACUAAAAUCCAAAUCAAAUAUCUAAUUUAAAUUCGUCUCCUCCUCCUCCACUACUAUUGUAUAUCGAUUAUAUUUUCAUUGUAUGGCAUCAUUUUUCAUGCUGCUCUAACCUUUAAUAGUACGCAAAUGUGUUGAAUAAGUAAUAUUACAUAUUCAACUUUAUCUUUAAUGAUGUAGCACUGUGGAUUUUUGAUGUCUCUGUGUCCUGCUAUCUGCAGAUUUAAAAUUAAUAUUGUGUAAGACCAUCACAUAGGUCAUGGUCUGCCACCCUGUUGAACUACUCUUGUUGCACUACCCUUCUCCGAAAAUGUUGUGUGUGGUUUAUUCUUCUGGUCCUCAUGAAUCCAAAAAGUAUUGAAUUAUCCGUUUAGUUUACAGUACUUAAAUGCGUAGGCUGCAUUAUACAUGUUUAAGGAUAUACGAUGUAAUAUACAAACAUAUGUAUGGAUAAGUAUAUUAUUGAUUAUAUAUGUUGUUACUGGCUGUAGUGGUUAUCAAAGUAGUUCAAGAAUGUUACGUAAUAAGGAGUAAAUACAUAUUGAUUUGCAUAGGAGAUAAGGGCAACCUCAUCAUCCGGCAACUGCAAAGAUGGAAUUGGUGCUAAAUGGUACUAGAAUUUUCGUUAGUAGACAUAUGUAAUUAUUGUGUAAUUAUAUAAUCUUAGAUUAAUAAUAGAUUUAAUAUUAUGAUUCAAUUAACAAGUAUAAAUUCCAAGAGUAUGUGAUAUGCAUGUAAUCCACCAUCAUCGAUAUCUUAAAAAAAUAUGGGUUAUUCUUAAACUUAUUAUAUUUACCUUUCUCCUAAAGAGAUGAUCUAAACAAAUUUGACAAAUUAUUCAAUUGGAAGUCAUUUGCUGCUGCUCCUGCUGAUUCGUAUUAUCUAAAGAACGAAAAGAUGCAUUCUUAUAUCGAAAAAACUGGUACUUCUUGUCGAAAUAGUAGACGUGUGUAGAAGAUAUGCAUAAAAAGAGUUGAUCAGAAUUAUGUUACUGGUACCACUAUUAAUUUAAUAUUCAAUUAAGGUGCUAAUUAAAUUGGAUGUAUUUUUUCUUCAAAUCAUAUUGGAAUUGAUUAGAUAAGGAAGUGUAUUUGGGGUCCCAAUAAAUUUUACUCUUACUGAA